AUGUUUGGACGUCCGACGAUGAAAUGUCCCUCGAAAAAUCAGGCGGUUGCGAUUGGCGUGAGCGGUGAAGCCAUUUCAUUUGACCAGUAA